CCCGGAUGGGACGAGAUUUGGCCGGAAGUGGUCUCGACUCCCUCAAACUGCAGUAGAGGCUGGUUUCCGCGGAGAUCUGAGAACGAUGAAACUGCACCGGAAGUCCGUGCUCAGUUUCUUCCGCGGGUACAGAACACAGACUCCUGAAAAAGAGGGCAUCUUGCUAAAGAAGGGGACCCGAAAUAGCAGCUACCAUCGCAGAUGGUUCAUCCUCCGGGGAAACCUCCUCUUCUACCUGGAGCACCAGGCAGACCGCACACCCCUAGGCCUCAUCCUGUUGGAAAACUGCCAGGUGGAGCCACGCACUGGGGCUACAGAACCCUUUGCCUUUACCAUCCUGACCCCAGGGGCUGAGGGCACAGAAAGUGGGCGGUUGUACAAGCUGGCAGCAGAAAACCAGGAGGAGCUGGGAGCCUGGUUGUGGGCCCUGGCUGGGGUAAGCUGGAGGCGGCUGGCUAUGCUGCUACCCCAACUGGAAGCCCAGUACCGCGACCUGUGCCAGGCAGCUGGCCAAGAGCCUAGCUCACCCCCAGUGGGCUGUGGCUCCCUAGCCACCCUCAGUGCCCCCUCCAGUUUCCAGGAGUUGCAUGAGCGCUUUGGGAAGGAGAUCCGGGUGCUACAAGAGGUAAAGAGAGAGCUCCAGGCAGCCAGUGACAAUGGAGGCAGCAGAUCCCAGCAAAAGGUGGAACAGGAACUCAAAACAUUGUUGAUAAGUGACUAACGGACCAAAGGCCAAGAGGUGCCAACCUGCCAAGAUCUGCCAAAUACUUCAGUAGACACCCAGAUCCUGGCUCCUCCCAGCCUUUCCCCCCUCUUUAUU